AGCGUCAUCAGCGCAGUGACCGUCAGCGGUGCAUUGUGGGUAGCUCGACUUGUAGUUUCGGAUGGAACAGACUGUAGUGUCGAGCGAGUUACUGGGGUUAGUCAUUUUACAAUCUGAGCAUGUCACAGCGGGUUGAAGGGCUUCGGCAAACAUACGAAGGGUAAUCAAGAAGAUAAAAAGGCGAUCUCGGGAUUAAAGCAUAAAGUUUCAAAACUUCUGAACUUAUACGGAAACAAGCGCAAUGAGUUCAAACGAGCACUCGCUUCAAGCUUUGUCCUGGAGAAAACUUUACUUGAGUAGAGCUAAACUCAAAGCGACCAGCAGAACCUCUGCUCUGCUCUCCGGCUUUGCUAUGGUGGCGAUGGUGGAGGUCCAGCUGGAGGAUGAUCACGAAUACCCUCGAGGCUUAUUGAUUGCUUUCAGUGCCUGCACAACAGUGCUGGUGGCCGUCCAUCUCUUUGCCUUGAUGAUCAGCACAUGUAUCCUGCCCAACCUGGAGGCCGUGAGCAACGUCCACAACCUCAACUCCAUAAAGGAAUCGCCACACGAGCGCAUGCACCGCCACAUCGAGCUGGCUUGGGCCUUCUCCACCGUCAUAGGCACCCUCCUCUUUCUUGCAGAGGUGGUUCUUCUCUGCUGGGUGAAGUUCCUCCCUCUGAAGAAUAAAAAUAAAGAUUCUGCCCCGACAGGGAAUGUAACUGGAUCUCCAGGGAUAAGCCCGGGGGAAGCUGCAGCGAUCGCCUCUACCUCCAUUAUGGUGCCCUUUGGCUUGGUGUUCAUUGUUUUCGCUGUGCAUUUCUACCGUUCGCUGGUCAGCCACAAAACGGAGCGGCAGCAUCGGGAGUUGGAGGUUCUGGACAAAAUCACACAGAUGCAAAACCAACUGGAUCACAGGGGAGACGCGUCCAACCUGUCCUCUUCAGCACAUUUCGCCUAGUUGAUGCACUUAGUUGUGCCCUUGUUCUCAUACCAAACAAAAUAUGGACUGUUGUCAUUAAUAGACACUAGAUGAUGGGAAUCAGGGAUUCUGCAAUAUGGUAGUAUCACAGUAUUGUGAUGCCGUAUGUUUUUCUCGUUUGAUUUUUUAGUGUACAUACAAACAUUUAUAUAGAUGGGAAAUCUGAAAUUUUGCCGCCACGCUAUUUUAACUGCUAUUCGAAUCUUCUUUUUUCGCACAAAUAAGAGAAAAAAAAAUGCAGUUUAAAAAAUAGCUUUUGUUACAGUUACAAAAUGGUUUAAAUUUGGCAUGCAUCGGAAGUCGCGCUAGCCUUUUCUUCCCUAUUUUGACUUAUAUCAGAGUAAAACGGUUUUUCGAAUAAGAAAAAAUGUAGGACGAGACUUGAUUUUGUCUAACGGGAAUUUCUUGCAUCGUCAGAAAAGAGACGAGUUGUUGUUUCAAGAGGGAGGGGAAGAUAUUUUAAUGGCACUUGAGGGCACAUGAAUUUUAGAAAGUAAAAAAAACUAAAUG